CAAAGCGCUGUGUUGGGCGGGCGGGAGUCGUGGCAGUCUGCUUAGUGAUAUCGUCGCGGAUACAGGUCUAUCAGUGCGAUCUAAACCGGAUAAUCCACAACAAUGCCUGCCAGGAACAAGGACCAAGAACAGGAAGUUCUGACCUGGAUCACUCAAGUCUUGGGUGAGCCAUUGCCCAACGGUGCUUACGAGGAUGUCCUCAAGGAUGGCAUCGUGCUGUGCAAACUCAUUAACAAACUGUCUCCCGGAUCUGUGAAGAAGAUACAAGAAAGGGGAACCAACUUCCAGCUUAUGGAAAACAUUCAAAGAUUCCAGGCCGCCAUUAAGAAAUAUGGAGUACCAGAGGAAGAAAUCUUCCAGACUGCCGAUCUUUUUGAACGACGCAACAUUCCUCAAGUCACCCUUUGUCUGUAUGCAUUGGGAAGAAUUACUCAGAAGCAUCCAGAAUGGACCGGACCUCAACUCGGCCCCAAGAUGGCGGAUAAGAACGAGCGCACAUUCACCGAGGAGCAACUAAGGGCACACAACGCUGAACUUAACCUCCAAAUGGGUUUCAACAAGGGCGCUUCCCAGGCCGGUCUGGGGUCAUUUGGCAACACUCGCCAUAUGUAAUUACAUUAGUCUAAGUGUGGAGAGAAAUGGAAUCUUUAAAAUGUCAACAAAAUUUUGACAUUUACGUAAUGAUUUGGCGGACUUUUUGACAGCAACUAAUAAAAGAGCGGGAGAUUUUUGUUAUGAUUUUAAAGAUUGUUUCUAUUUUGGGUACAUGAGACCAAUGCCGAUUUUUUUCGGAAAGUCAGUAUUUUUAUUUAUUUUUUAUCUUUAUAUGCUUGAUAAGGUUUUAUUUAUUUUUAAUUUAGUAUUUCCGUUAAUAAAAUUGUUAACCUUUUUGUGAUAUUAAUUUCAAAAUUUGUACCAUAGGGUUUUUGUUAAUGAAUUAAUUUUGUAAAGAUUUAGCGUAGAACUCAAGUAAGUUUCACGUAACAAAACUAAGAAUUUAUUUAUUUCUAAUUUUUAAGUAACUACCAAAUUUCUUUCAAUAAACAGUUUUUUUAAGAA